UCGACAUGUUUCCCGAAUAUCCACCGGAGCCGGCCGGAGAGAAGCCAGAGGCUGGGAAGGAGGAGCCCGAGGAGGAGGAAGGCCGGAGCAUGCUGUUUGCGGCGCUUGCCAUGCUGGGCCUUCUGGGGCUGCUCGUUCUGGCUGGCCUUUUCCUGUACACCAAGCCGCUGGAGGCGCUCACCAACGGCACCAUCCUCAAGGUGAACCCUUGCUCGUCGCCCGGCUGCGUCAAGGCCAAGACUCUGUCCGACGGCAUGCUCUACUCCAGCAGCGUCAAGCAGGGACGCGAGCUGCACCCGUGUAACAACUUCUACCACUACUCCUGCGGAGGCUGGGCGUCCACAAACUUCGAAUCCAGCGCUCACACCGCCCUCAACGGGAUCCUGCUGAAUCUGAUGAAUCGCACGCUUUCCACGGUCAGCCUGCACACGUCGGCUUUCGCGCCGUACCGAAACCUGAUCCUCUACUACCGUUCCUGCAUCGAGUUCCACACGACGCCCAUGCCGACGGAUGUGCGCGUGCGCAAAGCGCUGUACCUGCUGGACUUGAGCUUCACCGAGUGGCUCGAUCACAACACGGACCCCAUCUUCCUGUUCUACUUCAUCAUUCGUCUCUCGCUGUCCCAGGGCGUCAGCACAUUGCUGAAGCUGAGCGUGAUCGAGAAGAACCGCGAGGCCCGCGUCGUGCUGGAAGUCGGCAUGUCGGUGAGGAAGAAGUUCUACGCGGGCACGUCUCGCGUCUACGAUGAGCGGGCCUGGAGGCUGUACAUGAGCGACGCCCUCUUCAGCCUCGGCAUUCCCAACAUCACCGCAGAGGUGGCCAAGGCGACGCUCCUCUGGGACGUCGCGCAGGAGAAAAAGUGGAUGAGGGCGCAGCAGGACCACAUCCACGAGCACUCACUCAACGAACUGAUCCUAGGUACAUACAGCGCAAACGAAGAGGACGAACGAAACACAUGCGUCAAGACUGCCGCUGUCGCAUGUGUUUUUUUCGUCGUCGUCGUUAUAAGAUUGCUUAUGUGCCCCGCAAAGAUGAAGACUCAACUAAAUCAAGGUAUUAAGGGCAAAUAA